GGGCGGGCAGACAUGUACUCGCUGCUCCGCGCUGCGUUGCGCUCGGCGGCGCGGCGGCCGCUCGGCCCCGGCUCCAGCUCCAGCCCACAACCGGCAUCGUGCCGCUGGCUAGCCCAGGGCCCUGGCCCCGUGGCGGCGGCGGGGGGAGGCGGCCACGGUGGUCACGGCGGCCCAGGCGGCCCCGGGGACGAGGAGCUGCGCCGCCGGCUGGACGGGCUGGUGAGGAAGCACAAGGUGGUGGUGUUCAUCAAGGGCACCCCGGCCCAGCCCAUGUGCGGCUUCAGCAACGCCGUGGUGCAGAUCCUGCGGAUGCACGGCGUCCAGCAGUACGGAGCCUACGACGUGCUGGAGGACCAGGAGAUCCGACAAGGUAUUAAAAAUUACUCCAAUUGGCCCACCAUCCCUCAGAUCUACUUUGACGGUGAGUUUGUGGGUGGAUGUGACAUCCUGCUACAGAUGCACCAGAACGGGGACCUAGUGGAGGAGCUGAAGAAAAUGGGCAUUCGCUCCGCGCUCCUGGACACAGAGAAGGAGGACGCCAAGUAGAGCUGCCAGUGUCUCCCGUCACCAGGACCCCUGUCCUCACUCAAGUCGUGCGUCUGGCGUGUUGGUUUUAUUUUAGGUAUUUUUAUGUUAUUGGACCUUAGCGAAGGUGGGAACUCCAUGGACAGCCUGAUGUUGAUCUGAUGAUGGCAGCUUCAACCUGUUGGACAAUAUGAAACAGGUUCAACAACAGAUGCACAAUUGUGGUUUUUAUUGCCCUGGGUUGACAGGAAUCAAUAAAAUAUUCUGUGCUUUUGCUAAUAAAAAU